AGAAUUGCUGGGCCAAAAACGUAGGGGGAGAGAGAGAGAGUGAGAGAGAGAGAGUCUCAGAUCCGCUCGCUGACCUAUCGAAACGGUCGGAGAAAAGCUCAUUCACAGAGAGAGACAGAGAGAGAGAGAGAGAGAGAGAGAGAGAGAUGGGGGGAGAGGAGAAGAGGCACCAGAUGAUGCAAAACCUCUUUGGCGAUCAAUCCGAAGAAGAGGAAGAGGUGGAUUCCGAGCACGAGUCCAAUCCCCAGCCCAAUUAUGCCUCUGAUGAAGGAGAAGGAGGGCUGGAGCCUGAGGGUGAAGGUGAAGUAGAGGGGCAGGGAGAGGUGGAAAUAGAGAGUGAAGGAGAUCUGCGUGAGGUAGAUCCUGAUCCUGGAGAAAGUGAGGGUGAAAGAGAUCAAAGUUCGCAAGAGGUAGAAGUAGGUGAUCAAAGAGAAGAAAGUGAAGGAAAAUAUACUGAUAGUGAUGAAAAAGAAGAGCUAACAAGCAGGAGGCGCAAUGUUAUUGAAAGUGGAUCUGAGAGGUCUGAGGAAAACCAUUACCCUGACAAUGAAGACGAUGAAGUUGAUCAGACUAGAAGUCCAAGAUCACCUGAAGAGGAGGAGAAGGAUGGUACUCAUGUUGCACAUACUGCUGCUGUGCGUAAUGUAUUUGGGGACUCUGAUGAAGAAGAUGCUGCAGGUUAUGCCAUUCCGAAUGACAUUGAGCAUGACUCUAAUAGAUCCCCCAUGGAAGAAGAAGGAAUCUAUGAGAAGAGUCUAAGACCAGAAGAUGUUGUGCCUGAUGAAGAUGUUCACUAUGAGUCAGAAGAGGAAAACAAUGAGGUGAAAACGAAAGAGAAACCAGUUGGGCCCCCAUUGGAGCUAGAGAUUCCAUUGCGGCCUCCUCCUGCUCGGCCUGAUAAGAUGAACAUGAUUAAAGUUUCUAACAUCAUGGGAAUUGAUCCAAAGCCAUUUGACCCUAAGACGUAUGUUGAGGAAGAUACAUUUGUGACGGAUGAAUCUGGAUCUAAGAAGCGUAUUCGCUUGGAAAAUAAUAUUGUGCGCUGGAGGACUGUUAAGAAUCCGGAUGGCACGACCUCUCGUGAAAGCAAUGCUCGCUUUGUGCGCUGGUCAGAUGGCAGUUUGCAGUUGUUAAUUGGCAAUGAAGUCUUAGAUAUAUCUGUGCAAGAUGCACAACAUGAUCAAGCACACCUUUUUCUCAGACAUCAAAAGGGAAUCCUCCAAUCACAAGGAAGGCUUCUGAGAAAGAUGAGGUUUAUGCCAUCAUCCUUAUCAUCAAAUUCCCAUAGAUUGUUGACAGCUCUUGUUGAUUCACGGCAUAAAAAGGUGUACAAGGUUAAGAACUGUGUUACAGAUAUUGAUCCUGAGAGGGAAAAGGAGGAGAAAGAAAAGGCUGAAAGCCAAACAAUCAGAGCUAAUUUACUCCUUAACCGGAAGAGGGAAAAGGUGAGCCGGAAGUAUACACCAACUGUGGAAAGGCGGCGUCAACUCUCAUCUGGGUUUUUGGAAGAUGCUCUUGAUGAGGAUGAUGAAACAGAUUAUUAUGAUUCUCGUCGUCCUCGACACCGCUUUGAUGAAGAUCUGGAAUUUGAAGCUCGGGCAGAGAAACGCAUUUUGAAUGCUAAGAAGUCACAGGGAACCAAAGAUGUCUCCCGUAAGUCAUCCUUGCAAACUGCCAAAUCGUCAAAACGACCUGUGGACUUCUCUGACAGUGAUAGAGGUGAUUCAGAGUAUGAAAGUGAUGGAGAAGAAGAUGAGAGGUCUCCACCACGUAAAAGAAUGGAGGAGCCUGAGUUGGAGUAUGAAGAAGAUGAUGAAGAGGACGAAGAAGAACAUGAAGAAGAAGCAGAAGCAAAUGAAGCAUCUGAUGAAGAGGAGGAGGCUGAGGAGCCAAGGCAAAAGGGUAAGGAGUUGGGGCAGAGUCUUAAGCGCAAGGGUUUCGAAUCAGAGGAGGAAUCUCCUCGAAGGAAGACUUCAAGUCAUCGCCGAAUGGCAGUUGUUUAUGAUAGUGAUGAGGACUGAAAGUUCAAGAAAUUAAACAAAAAUUUGGUUACUUUAUCUUCAUCUUGGGAAUGAGCUGGAGACUGAAGUGGAGAAGAUCCAUGCUAUUUGCAGCGGAAAACAGUAUAUGAAUUAUUUCUUGCUACUGGUAUUGCAGCAAAUUGUAGAGGUUUUCACAUUUUUUUCUUGUGGUUUAUUUUUAUAUAGACUUGUCAUAAAUAAAAUUUUAUGUUCACUUUUCAUCAUCGGAAAUCAUUGUUUAGAUUGUAAAUAUUCAACAAGAGAUGUUUCUGUAACAUGGAGGAUGAGUUAAAUUUCUGGAAAUUUUAUGGAACAAUUUUCUUCUUGAUA